GGCGCGCGCCGCCCCGCGCGGUCGCAGCCGUGACGCGGCGCGGGGCAUCGGCGCAUGCGCGGGGCGGGCGGCGAUGGCGGCGGCGCGGGCCCGCGCAGAUUGCAGUUACGGAAGAUAGACACCCGGGAGAUCCUACCUUCUGCCAUGGCUCAGUUUGGAGGACAGAAAAAUCCCCCUUGGGCUACUCAGUUUACAGCCACUGCGGUGUCUCAGCCAGCUGCCCUGGGCGUGCAGCAGCCCUCGCUGCUGGGAGCCUCCCCGACCCUGUACACGCAGCAGACGGCGCUGGCAGCCGCGGGGCUGACCACGCAGACCCCCACCAACUACCAGCUGACCCAGAGCGCCGCGCUCCAGCAGCAGGCGGCAGCCGCGGCCGCGGCCCUGCAGCAGGUAAAGCACACACCGCGGCCGGCGCUCCCCGAACUCCGUAGAGCUAAAGGAUCCAGGAGGAAAGGAGAAUGGAAAAUGCAAUAUUCACAACCUCAGCAGACUCUCUAUAGUGUACAACAACAGUUGCAGCAACCUCAGCAGACCCUUUUAACUCAGCCGGCAGUGGCGCUCCCGACCAGCCUGAGCCUGUCCACGCCCCAGCCGGCAGCGCAGAUCACCGUGUCCUACCCCGCCCCCCGCUCCAGCCAGCAGCAGACCCAGCCGCAGAAGCAGCGCGUCUUCACUGGCGUGGUCACUAAGCUGCAUGACACCUUUGGCUUCGUGGAUGAAGAUGUCUUUUUUCAGCUUAGUGCUGUUAAAGGCAAGACACCUCAGGUGGGUGACAGAGUUCUGGUAGAAGCUACUUACAACCCCAACAUGCCGUUCAAAUGGAACGCCCAAAGGAUCCAGACGCUGCCGAACCAGAACCAGAGCCAGGCGCAGCCGCUGCUGAAGACGCCGCCGGCCGUCCUGCAGCCCAUCGCGCAGCAGACCUUCGGCGUGCAGGCGCAGCCGCAGCCGCAGUCCCUGCUGCAGGCACAGAUCUCUGCAGCCUCCAUCACGCCUCUGCUCCAGACACAGCCUCAGCCGCUGCUGCAGCAGCCGCAGCAGAAAGGUGGUUUGCUGCAGCCCCCAGUCCGCCUGGUUUCACAGCCACAGCCAGCUCGAAGACUAGACCCACCAUCCAGGUUUUCUGGGAGGAAUGACCGAGGUGGAGACCCUAUGCCAAACCGAAAAGAUGACAGGAGUCGCGAAAGGGAGCGGGAGAGGCGCAGGUCCCGGGAGAGGUCUCCGCAGAGGAAGCGCUCCCGAGAGCGAUCGCCACGGCGCGAGAGGGAGAGGUCCCCGCGCAGACCGCGGCGCGUCGUCCCUCGCUACACCGUGCAGUUCUCCAAGUUCUCCUUGGACUGCCGGAGCUGUGAUAUGAUGGAGCUGAGGAGGCGUUACCAGAACUUGUAUAUCCCCAGCGACUUCUUUGAUGCUCAGUUCACGUGGGUGGAUGCUUUCCCUAUGUCUAGACCAUUUCAGCUGGGAAACUACUGUAAUUUCUAUGUAAUGCAUAGAGAAGUAGAUCCUAUAGAUAAGAACGCUGCUGUCCUUGAUCCACCUGAUGCUGAUCAUCUCUACAGUGCUAAGGUGAUGUUGAUGGCUAGUCCUAGCAUGGAAGAUCUCUACCACAAGUCAUGUGCUCUGGCUGAGGAUCCCCAAGAACUUCGUGAUGGAUUUCAGCAUCCUGCUAGACUUGUAAAGUUUUUAGUGGGUAUGAAAGGCAAAGAUGAAGCUAUGGCUAUUGGAGGACACUGGUCCCCCUCACUGGAUGGACCUGAUCCAGAAAAGGACCCUUCGGUGCUGAUAAAGACGGCAAUUCGCUGUUGCAAGGCUCUUACAGGGAUUGACUUAAGUGUGUGCACGCAAUGGUACCGUUUUGCAGAGAUUCGCUACCAUCGCCCUGAGGAGACCCACAAGGGGCGUACAGUUCCAGCUCAUGUGGAGACAGUGGUUUUAUUUUUCCCGGAUGUUUGGCAUUGCCUUCCCACCCGCUCAGAGUGGGAAACCCUCUCCCGAGGAUACAAGCAGCAGCUGGUCGAGAAGCUUCAGGGUGAACGCAAGGAGGCUGAUGGAGAACAGGAUGAAGAGGAAAAGGAUGAUGGGGAAGCUAAAGAGAUCUCUACGCCUACACACUGGUCUAAACUGGAUCCAAAAACAAUGAAGGUAAAUGACCUUCGCAAAGAAUUAGAAAGUCGAACCCUUAGCUCUAAGGGACUGAAAUCUCAGCUGAUAGCUCGACUGACAAAGCAGCUGAAAGUCGAGGAACAAAAAGAAGAGCAAAAGGAGCUAGAGAAGUCUGAGAAAGAAGAGGAAGAGGAGGAGGAUAGGAAAUCUGAAGAAGAUAAAGAGGAGGAGGAAAGAAAGCGGCAGGAGGAGCUGGAACGCCAGCGGCGGGAGCGGCGCUACAUCCUGCCGGACGAGCCGGCCAUCAUCGUGCAUCCCAACUGGGCAGCCAAGAGCGGCAAGUUCGACUGCAGCAUCAUGUCCCUGAGCGUCCUGCUGGACUACAGGCUGGAGGACAACAAGGAGCAUUCCUUUGAGGUAUCAUUGUUUGCAGAACUCUUCAAUGAAAUGCUUCAGAGAGAUUUUGGUGUCAGAAUUUACAAAGCACUGAUUUCUCUCCCAGAGAGAGAGGACAAAAAGGACAAAAAAAGCAAAAAAGAUGAGAGAAAAGAAAAAAAAGAAGAAAAAGACGAUGAAACAGAUGAUCCAAAACCUAAAAGAAGAAAAUCUGGAGACGAUAAAGAUAAAAAAGAAGAGAGAGAUGAAAAGAAGGAAUUUUUGUUACAGAAGGAAGAUAAAAGGAAAGAUGAUUCUAAAGAUGAAGAAGAAACGGAAGAGGACAAUAAUCAAGAAGAAUACGAUCCAAUGGAGGCAGAAGAGGCUGAAGAUGAAGAUGAAGAAUGCAGACCACUCGCAGCUCCCAUUGAAGUCAGUAGGAGAUACCGAGACGAAGAGGAAAUGAACAAACGGGAGGACAGAAAAGAAGGAAAUAAGCACUGUAAAGAGAGGGCAUCUAAAGAUAAAGAGAAAGACAAGACCCAGAUGGUAACUGUUAACAGGGAUCUCCUGAUGGCUUUUGUUUAUUUUGACCAAAGUCAUUGUGGAUACCUUCUGGAGAAGGACAUGGAGGAGAUCCUGUACACUCUUGGACUUCACCUGUCACGUGCUCAGGUCAAGAAGCUGCUUAAUAAAGUAGUGCUUCGAGAAUCUUGUUUUUACAGAAGACUAACAGAUACUUCUAAAGAUGAAGAAAACCAAGAGGAGUCUGAAGAGCUACAGGAAGAUAUGUUAGGGAACCGGCUGCUGCUGCCGUCGCCCGCGGUGAAGCAGGAGAGCAAGGCCCUGGAGGAGAACGUGGGGCUCAUCGUGUACAACGGAGCCAUGGUGGAUGUGGGCAGCCUCCUGCAGAAGCUGGAGAAGAGUGAACGGGUGCGGGCAGAGAUCGAGCAAAAGCUGCAGCUGCUGGAAGAAAAAACAGAUGAGGAUGAGAAGACCAUACUACAACUGGAGAAUUCUAACAAAAGUCUGUCUGCGGAGCUAAAAGAAGUAAAAAAGGACCUUGGCCAACUGCAAGAAAAUUUGAAGACCUCAGAUGAUAAGAAAUUGCAGUUCGAGGGUCAGCUGAAUAAGACAAUCAAAAAUUUAGCUACUGUUAUGGAUGAAAUACAGAGUGUUCUCAAACAGGACAUUGUGAAGAACGAAGAUAAAGAUCAGAAAUCCAAAGAAAAUGGAGCAAACGUAUGAUAAACUGCUGCUGUUUAGAAGAAUGGUGUUACAUAAUGUAAUAUAAAUCAUGAUACCAGAAUGUAUGGGAAGUGAUGCAUGUUUGAUUUUAGUAGUAUAAAUAUCUUAGUUCCAAAAGAUGUAUAAAGUUUUAUGAAUGUGUCUGCUCCAGAAGAUUGCUUGUAAUUCUUAGCAUUCAAGUUGAGACACUCCUCGAGUGAAAAUAAUUUUGCAUUGCGAAAAGUUUUAGGAUGAACUUUGUUAUAGUUUUAACCCUAAUAAAGUUCAUCAAUGUAACGAACAGUAGCAAGUAUUUAAUUACCAAAUGUUUUUCAUUGAAGUCUAGUGAAAUCAAAAUUUUCAUUAUUUAUAGACUUGCCAUUUUUCGGUUUUUGUCUUUAUUUCGGUCUAAUUAGUCUUUUUAAAUUCAAAUAUAAAUCACAAAGUAGCAUGCUGCUUAAUUUUACAAGUAAAGUUUUUUUUUAAAAAACAGCUUCUUGGAUUUUUUUUUUGUUUUCACUUGUCACAACUUUUUUUCCCUUCUAAAUAUAACUUUCUUUCCCAAAGCUGCUUGUAUUAGAGUCUUGUAAUAUACAGCAGUUUGGAUGAGUUAAGAAAGCAAUAGAAGCCUACCAAAAUACUGCUAGAGUUGUAAGAUUUAUAUGAAAAUACAUGGGCCUGGUUUAAAUGUGUGUCAUUUAUGUUCACUAAAUUGUUCUUAUCUUUGGAUUAAUAUAUUUACUUCUUUUGAAUAACAAAUGCAGUGUAUUUUGACCUAUGGUUGGAUAGCAGGCCAGCAGAUGUCAGAAUAAUGCCUUACAUGGAGAAAAAGCUGCUGCUGUAAACUGCCUUGGCUUAAAUUUGGACUGACGAAGUGGGUAAUUACUGCUAAGACUUCAGUCCAGCCAAAAAAUAGAUCCACCAGUAACUGUACUGCAUAUUGUAAUUACAAAGGAGCAGGAGACAACUUGGUUUGUUGAGAAGGGGUAAGGUGGCCUUUCUUUUUGUUCACAAAUCACUAGGGAUGGAAACUCAAAUGUUAAUGUGACUUCUUGUCACAGGCAACUUACUCAAAGACUGUGAAAUAUCAACAGUUGUGUUUUGGUGCAACUUUCAGGAAAAUUAAGGGGUUUGAAAGUUGGGACAGAAGUGUUUUCUUACAGAAAUGGUUAAUUUUAGCAGAUGUUUUCUUUUUUAGCCUAGAUGUCCUAGGUAACUAAAUACCUGUUAGGAAAGUCCAAGUGCCAUAAUAUGUAUGAAUAACCUACAUGGAAACUCAUGUAGCUUUAUUGAGAUACACAUUAAAAUGCCUGAAUUUAUGUUCAAAA